GUCAACUCUCGUGUACGGACGAUAAUUGUUGCUUCGCAGCGCCAGCUAAAGCGAACGAAACUUAAUCAAAUUGAUCAAGUAUUGUGUGAGUGCCGCACCGUCAAGCGAGUAAAUACGUGCCCAAUUAAAUAAGAAAACUGUUAAAAUUGUUGCAAACACCUAAAGUGUUAUAAAUACGUUCUUAACGGUAGCGCUGACUAAUCAGCUGACAAUAGAACUAAAUCGCAAGCAAAUCCACGCAGCGCUUAAAAGCCAAGCAAGCCAUUCCGCUGCACAGGGCGAGUAACUGUGCAUUACUGUGUCGGCUUGAUAAGCGAAAAUGUAAAUACUGUUGCGUAUUGCCGGUUAUGUGAAGUAUGUCAUACGCCGUCUAAUUAAGUGCAAAAGGCAAAACCAACAACAAAAAAUUAGAAUUUCAUUCAAAUAUCGAUAAACUCAGCGCAGCAUUCGAUAUUUACACCAAUUCUUUGCACUAUUCUCGUGUUCUUGUGUGUGUGAAUAUGUGGGUGUGAGUAGUGCAAAGUACCGGCAUUCGCAUUUGAGCUGCAAUAAACAGUAUUUGCGUAUAUGUGCAUGUGGUCGUGGGCAGGUAAGCACUUAUAGAAAAACAAUAACAAUAUUGUGUCGUACACACGCUGGACUUCCGCUUUGCACGAGCUUCUUUAAAUAUAAUUAAAACAAAAAAAAUUUGUGAGCAAAAAAACAAAAAGAAAACGAGUGGCUUAACAACAAAAGCGCAAACAAGUGCAAUUUUGUAGCAAUUGCUGUCACAUUUGCACAGUUGCCGAGCCGGCCGACAAGCGAAGGCGAAUGUCGUAACAGCAAAAAACCCAAAACAUCAAAAAAAGACUGCAAUCAGCAAAUAAGGCAAUAGCAAUAACAAAGCCGUAAUAAUUGUGCAAAUAAUACUUAGUGAACUUGAAAAAUUCUUUCGCCUUCAGUGCAAAGAAAGUGAAAAAGUGCAAAACUCAAAAAAAUAAACUCACUCGUGUUACGUGCAUUUCCGUGAGGGUUAACCGAAUUCUCAGCUGGAAAUUUUGCUUUUUCGGAGUUUUUCAAACAUUUUUGUUUUACUUGUGUCGUGUUUAGUGCAAAAUUGUGUGUUUUUCGUGGCAAGAAGCAGUUUUCGAGCGCAAAGAAUCUGUUGAACACAGACAAGAUAAGAAUAAAAUCGGUGGAUUAUGCUUAGGAAUAAGCCAAAACAGCACAGAACGCUUACGCCGAAACGAGUGGAGAAUGUAGUUGCAGUGAGUGAAGCCAAUGCGGCCGCCCUCCUAUACGAAUCCAUACAAACGUCGUUGCCGCUGUCGUCCAUACAAGAACCGAAUAUUAAAGAUAAACUCAUACAAAAGCAUAACAAAAAUAUUGAUACGAACUUUGGUGCACAAAAGAUACUAAAACAACAACAGCAAGUGCAGAAAAAUCUGAAAAGCAUAAAGAAUUUUAACUGUGGUACUGAAAGAUCACAACUACCGACAUUGACGCUCCUGACCGGUGUGGCAAACAAAUUCUUUGGCGGGCGGAGUGUUUUCCCCGCAUUUAGUUGUGCGUCCCCACUAACGGAACAAUUCAUUGGUGUGACAACUUUGACUUCGGCAAUACGCUAAAGACUUGUGCGUUGAAAAAGCAUAAGAGUUAAGCGACCCCGCGUGUGGGAGAGAGAAAAAGUCUCAAAUAAUAAUAUAAAUAUAAUAGAAUAAUAUAAAAAAUGAAUAUAAAAUACUUUUAAACUAUAUAGUGAAAGACAGUGUAAUAACAAAAAAUUCAAACGAGGCGAUUACCUGCACACUGCAAUCUUCGUGAUAAUCGAUAAAUUGUAAAUGUAGUAGCUUUAGUGCAAGCUUUCGCAUACGACAAAGCGUGUGUAGAAAAGUACAAAAUUUAUGUGGCGUUCAUGAAAUAAAGUGCAAAAAAGUUUAGCAUAAAAUUUUAUAUUAACAGAGAGUUAAUUUGUCAAUGGCGAAGAGGUUAGUUAUAAGGAAGUUAAAUAAACCGAAACCUUGAAAAACAGUUUGUGCAACUGCAAAAAUACAGAAGCCGUAAAAUAAUAAGGUCCAUGUACACAUUAUGGUAUAGCAAAUAGUAGGAAAGCGAGUAACAACUGUAUAAAGAAAAGCGUUAAAUAAUAAUUUAUAACUCCUGUACUUAUCAACAAAAACGUCUGUAUGUAUGUGUAUUGUAUGACGUAUAGAUAACAGACGUGAAUACGUAAUAUCAAAUUGAAAAGCAAAUUUGAAAGCAUUGUGUGAAUUUUAUAGUUCAUUAGCAAAACCACAACCAAAACAAAACCGCUUAUCUACGCCUUUGUGGCCGCGUUCUUGCUUGUUCUUCAAAAAUUGUGGAUUCUUCAUCACAAAUUUGUAUGCGCUCGAGCAUAAAUAGAAAUAUUGUCGCGUAACCAACAUGCGAAAGUCCUACUAAAUUGCUAUUAAGUUAUAAACAAAUACAUAAAUUACAAAUAUUUUGUUUCGGUGCAACGAAAUUAGAAGAAAAUAUGCGAUUUUUUAAAAAUUUAUAUUGAAAAAGUGGCAAAAGCGAAGAGUAAGAGCUCAUAAGUGCCAAAAAGGUGUUGAUAAAAUAAAGCAAAGAGUAUGAUAAAUAUGCAAUAAAUUAUCGCGCUGCCAAGCAAAAGUGUGAACAGGUGUCUGUUUUUGAGAAAAUUGCGAAAAUAAAGGUAAUAAAAAACGCUGAAAAACUUCAAAUUGUGUUCAAAAUUAAAAGUCAAGAUCGCCGUUCAUUCAUUUUCUAGACAUAAAGUUAUAAACUUUCGCCCAACGUAUAUUAAUUGGUCAUUUAAAACGCCGACGUCAUACAGUUUGUGUACGCGCGCAUUAAAUAAGAAAAAAGUGUUGUGCCCUCUGUACUUCUUUUCACACAAUUUCUGAUUUUCUUUUUUUUUCGGUUUGUUCGGUUUCCAAAAUUUCGUAGAAGACAAUGUCCACUGGUCGCCGUUUAGCCAAACGUUCAAUAAUCGGUACAAAAGUUUGUGCGCCAGGUCCGGAUGGUCUCUGGUAUUCGGGCGUUAUACAAGACGUCAAGACGCCACCUACUGCCACGGUCACUUCUUCGUCGCUAUUGACAGCGAGUGAUUCUGCCGCAGCCAACAACAACGGUACAAAUCUUACCGCCGACACUAAAUAUAUAGUACGUUUCGAUUUUAAGACACAAACCAUGCAGCACAACUUGGACACAUCGCCCUCAUCGUCGUCCAAGUCGUCCGUUAUAAUGGAAGCACGUCGCACAGUUAGUGCACACAUUAGUCCUGCGCAAGCUUUGCGUCGCAACGCUAUGAUUAAGGAGUUUCGCGAGUCGGAUCUGAUCGGUCCGGGUUUUCGUUCCAUAUUGGGUAUACAAUUGCAGCCGAGCCAACGGGUUUUUCUCACCCACAACGGACGUGAGACCUCGGGCGAUGUCAUCGCCCAUGACGUGGAAAAGGAUGAGGUUGUUGUUAAGAUCACCACAAUUGGAACUGAGGAACCUAUUGAGCUGAAGAAACGUUUGGAAGAGGUGCGUCUGCUCGAAUCGCGACGCUCUGCACGCUUAGCUGAUCAGGAACGCGACACGGAUUUCGCUCGACUAGCCGACAUGGGUGGCGAUCGCCGCCGUACAACGUCACACAGCAUCGAGGUGCCAAUGUCCUUAACGCCGCAGAAUAACUCACGCAAACGUCCACAGCCAUACAUACACGAUUGCUUCAGCGGACAGUGCGGUGACAAAGAGGAAAUGGAGGAGUGUCAAGCAGCAAUGAUUUUAAUGAAACUCUCCCAUUCGCCCAAAAAUGCAGAGAAAUGGUAUGGCUCCAGUCCGGGCAGUUCGUCGUCAUCGGGCAGCUCAUGGAGUUCGGGCAGCUCAUCGCCGCCGCUCAGCGAUGAUGGCCAUGCCGUCCUCAAUACGAGCGCCAUGCUGAACGAUCCGAACACACGCAUACGCACGACAUCAGUAUCCACCUCGGACGAGGGCAUCGUCGUAGACUUCAAGGAAGAGGCGCCACGCAAAAAGAGGGUAAGUCCCUUUGAAGUCAGUACAGAAGUUCAGCAAAUAGGAUCUCAAUUUAACACAAACAAAUCCAAAUUCAGAUGUACCUGGAAAGGCUGCAAACACAUAGAGCACACACCGAAAAAGAUAGAGCGACACAUACGUAAUGUUCAUCUAGGUAACAAAAAAGCACGUCGUUCUGCUGAUUAUGAUGAAUCAUGUAGCGAAAAUGACCAUGAGGAGGAAUUCUAUUAUACAGAAAUCGAAGAUGAAGAGGAUGAUUGUAAAACACCGAGCCCUACAUCGCCACCCACUCUAAGCCACCGUGAUAUGGCUCGCCCACCACACGAAGACCCAGAAUACCAAAGAAAAAUAGUGGGCAAUUUCAAGCAAGGACGUGUCAAUCAACAACAACAAUUGCAACAAAAUCAGGGUCAACAUUUAAAUAACAGCAAGACGGUAUUUCAUGGUGGCACUUAUUUUGCUAACAACAACAACCACACCAAUCAGCAAAUGCAGAGCAAUUGUGUAUCGACUUCACCUCUAAAUCAUCACAACUACUGGCAGUCGUCAUCAGUACCGGUAGUACAAUCAGCACAAACCGCCAUUACAUCGGUGACAUCUAACUCGAGUCAGCAACUUCAUCAGAAUCAACAGCCGCAGCCGCAGCAGCAGCAGUCUCAAUUUGUUAAACACGCUCGAUCAUCGCCACGUCCGUCCCAGUCGACAGCGCCAUAUCCAUCUCCAACGUAUCAUCACAAUUAUAGCAGCAGUCCGAAUGCUUGCAUCAGUAGUAAUAGCCAUGGCAAUGUCAACAGCAAUACAUGCAAUAGCCAAAGCAGUUCCAUCACACCUAAUAAUAGCGGUGCCAGCAAUAUGCUACAACAGUUGUCCCACCAAAAUAUUACGGUGACGGCACAUCAAACUGGUGCUCAUCACAAUCAGCCGCAACCACAGCAACAACUACCGGCUGUAACUAUUACGCCAAAUUAUACCAACCAGCAACCGCAACAACAGCAGCAAAUACAGCAUAUACAUGGUCACCAACAACCGACGCAAUCCAGCGCUGCUGGAACUAUCGUGACAAUCUCCACAGCACAAGUUCACCAACAAUCACAACAGCAACAACAGACAUCUCAUCAUCAUCAGCAACAACAUUCACAACAUACAACCAUUGCCACGACAACAAAACACACACCAAACUCACCAAAUAGACGCACACGAGGCGAGAACAAGAAAUGUCGCAAAGUAUACGGUAUGGAACGCCGUGAUCUAUGGUGUACUCAAUGCAGGUGGAAGAAAGCAUGUACCCGAUUCGGUGACUGAAAAAGGGUCAAAGCGUCGGCGGCGGCGGUGGAAACGACGACGACGGCGACCGCUGUAAAAACAGCGAAAAUGAUUUCGACGAGGACCACAACGACAGAACUGGCAGCAGGGGCGAAAUCGAGAUCACCAAUGCAUACAAUUGACAAUGGCAAUACAGUCACGGUAGCGCCAACUUAUGCGAAGUACAAGCGAACAAGCAGCAAUUACAAUAACAAUAAUAUUGGUCAUAACAGCAACAAACACAAAUAUGUGGCAACUUCCGCACCAGCAACUGCCGUGGCUACCUCCGUCAUUGUGAAGCCACCAAAUAACUUAAGAAAAAUCACUGCUAGCAAUAAUAACCACCAAAACACUGCCAAUGGCAGCAACAUAGACCAAACGCCGAUGACUAGCAAACAUAAUAAUUAUGGUACAAAUACGGACGCUGAUGCACAUCUACAACAGCAACAAAUACAAGUUGUUACAACUGCCAAUAACAGCAACAGCAACAGCACUAAUAACAACCACUUGCUGACCACUGCUGCCUCAAAUACAGAACUCGACAUUUGUAUGCGAACGUCGCUGCCAUCACAAUACUUUCCUUAAGCACCAACGCCACACACCACAUACACUACAAAAGUUAGCGACAUUAGGGCUGAGCCCAACUUCAAGACGGCAUAAUCUAUGGCUGGCCGCGAAGACAAGUAUGAAGACGUUAUGAAACCCGUAAUAAUCAUAACUGUUAAUAAUUUUUCGGCUAUGUUCUCUAACAUUUGCUGCAAUUUUUAACGUACAUUAUUUUUUUUAUUAUGUAUUUAAGAAAUGACUUACAAUAUUUUUUGCUUUUUUGUUAUUGUUUAUAUUUUUGUUGUCAUUGCUUAUUUGAUUGAUGAUUAUUUAGAUCAGCCUCCAACGGCAAUUUUACACUUUAAAUUAAUUUUAUAAAAUUAGAAAAAUUUUUCUUUACUUUUAAUUAUGUAUGUGUAUACAUGUAAAUAGGUAUAACAUGCAUGCAUACAUAUAUAUAUAGAUAUAACGGUACAUAUAGUAUUAAGAAUUUCAACCUUGCGUGACUCCACCAUUAUCCACACAUCAAAUAGAGACCUAGUAGAUGCAUACACAGUUGGAAAUGUCUACAACGUACUCGUACAUAUGUAUGUAAAGUUACAAUGCAGUUGAAUAAACAAUUUAAAUAUAUGUGGAAGUAAUUGCUUUUAAAUUUGCAAACAAAAAACGUGUAUAUGUUAAUUAUGUUAUACAUAUACAUGCAUAUAUAUAUAUAUAAAUAUACAGACAAACGAAACAGCUAGCAUAUGUGUGUAUGUUGCAUAAGUACAUAGAUAGAUAAUUAAGUAUUACAUUAAACAUAAUCAUUACAACGGUAAUGUUUAACUUCGUUUAAAUAGCAAAAUGUUAAAAUAAGACAAAAAAAAUAAACAGAAGCGAAACCAACCAACUCAAACUUAUCUUUAA